AAGUCCUGAAAUUCUGAUAAAUAUAAAAAAACUAGCCGGUCGGUAAUCUAACGCUGUUUGUGCAAGGGAGAUAACUUUGCAUUUUUACGACAUUAACGUAUGUUAUAUAUAAACCGUAAAGCGUUCUAACUUUUAACGACAGUUGGCUUUACUUUCUGUCUCGAGGUCCCGCCAAAUUUCUCCGUUUCUUUGUUCUGAUUACUGAAGUGGGUCACGGGCUAUUUGUCAUCAUGCCUCCAGGCAAAUGUUUAUUCAACCCACGUUGGCUGAAACAGGCUGAGUACGCCAGAUGGCUGGAGUCGGACCCAGGAAACAAAUUAAGCGCCAAAUGCAAGAUCUGCGUUAAAUCGAUUGACGUAUCAAACAUGGGAGAACCAGCAUUGCGCAGUCAUGCCAAGGGACAGAAACACCACAACGUCUCGAGGAAUUAUCUUCUGGAUUUGUCAUUAGAGACUUUUUUCAACCUAAACGCACAACUGCCACAAUAACAGCACAGUCAUGUGAAGAUCUCCCUACGACCUCUGCAGCCUCAAGUACCGGUAGACCAACUUCGACUUCCGUGCCUAGUUUUGUAACAAAGUCGGAAUGUUUGCACGCGGAAAUAUUGUGGACACUAAAAGUGAUCGCAUCUCAUUACUCCUUCAAAUCCUGUGCAGAUACCCAGCACCUGUUUGCAGAAAUGUUCCCAGACUCUGAUAUAGCCAAACAGUUUGCUUGUGGCGAGAGGAAAUGUGCGUAUUUAUGUACAUUCGGAAUCGCGCCAUACCUGAAACACAGACUGUCAAAAAAAAUCUCAGACGCAGACGGUUACGUCCUCCUCUUCGACGAAAGUUUAAACAAGGUGACUAGAAAUAAGCAAAUGGACAUACACGCCAGGAUUUGGGAUGAAGGACUGGUUGGCACCCAUUACUUCACCUCUCUAUUCAUGGGACAUGCCACAGCUGAGGACAUGAUCGAACACUUUGAAACUGGCACGGACGGGCUCAAUAUGAGAAGACUUCUACAGCUGUCCAUGGAUGGACCUUCCGUCAACAGGAAAUUUCAUCGCAUGUUCCAAACCAAGAUCUCUUCCACUUAUGACCACUUUCUUCUGAAUGUUGGGAGCUGUGGGCUUCAUAUCGUACAUGGAGCAUUUGAGGAUGGUGCAAGUGCAUCUGGUUGGCAGAUUCAGGAUGUGUUGAGAGGCCUUUACACGUUAUUCAAGGACACGCCUGCACGAAGGGAAGAUUUCAUUAAAUGUACAGAAUCAACCACUUUCCCAAUGAAAUUUUGCCCCCACAGAUGGGUGGAGAAUGUUCCUGUGGUUGAACGAGCACUCUCCAUAUGGCUUAACAUUCAGAAGUAUGUGAAACAGGUUAAUAAAGGACAUUGUGACAACCCAAAGACAGUUUCAUACAAGACUGUAUCAGAUGCAACCAAAGACAAGAUUAUUGUUGUAAAACUUUUGUCAUUUUUGUCUAUUGCCAAAACUAUUCAGCUAUUUUUGACACAAUACCAAACUGACAAACCAAUGCUACCAUUCCUGGCUGAGGAUUUGUUUCGUCUGAUACGAUCUUUAAUGAAAAGGUUCCUCAAAGAAGAUGUGGACAUAAGCACGGUAAACAAACUUGUUAAGGUCAAUCUUGAAGACAAAGAUCUUCACAAGAGCUACACUGAUGUUGAUCUCGGGUUUGCGGCAGAAAAGGAGCUCAAGAAAAUCAAGAGCUCUUCCUCUGGCCUAAAGUUAGUGACAGAGAGAUCCUUGAGCUACGCAUGCAAUGCAAAGGAAAAAGCAGAAGAGACAGGGCAGUUGGACUUUGUUAGAAAGUCCAACAGUUUGCGAAGAACAGCGAAGCAGAAGAAACGAGAACUUGCCACCAUUGCUUCUACCUUGGAUGAGAGACUGCAAGAGUUAAAAAAGUGA